AUGCGUCUUGAACUGCCCUCUUCCAAUGGACCAGCGCCGGGGAGCGACUCCAAGACGGCCUCGCGUGCCUCAAGGAACCUCCCCUUCGGCCAGGCGCCGUCCCUGUCCUCAGUCGCCGGCCCUACCUAUGUGACUGCCCAGAUCCUCGUCCAGCAGGUCGCCUACGCUCUGUCCGACAAGAUCUUCUCCUACUCUCCAGAGACCUUUGAUCUCGACGUGGCCGCAAAGUCGUGGGCAGAGGCACAAGAGGCGAACAUUAAUGGCUACACCACUGGGGUGCACCAGAUGCAAAUUCGGAAUGGAGCAGGAUCAAUUGCCCUCGGUUACAUGUUCUCCAAGGACUUCGACCUGAAGAAGAGACACAUUCCUCAAGGGCUCCUUGCUCCGACGUCAGCCCUGGAGUUCUUGCGACCUGUAUUGGAUCAGCUGUCCCUGCUGUACUCCGUCAGCAAUCCAUUCGUGGCUCAUGUGGCGGCCCUCGACUACGAGGGCGACAAGAAUGGUGGUCUGGUCUCAGAUUAUGUCUCUGCUUUGUCUGCGGCCGAGGAUCUAGGUCUGGCUUUGGUUGCUAGCCAAUCCGCAUACGAGACGCAACAUAUGUCGCUGCUUGCCACUCUGCUGGCUCAAGACCUACCCACACUCCACGUGUAUGAUGGUCUGAGAAUUGGGAGAGAAACCACCAGGGUCAUUGACAUCCUGGACAAAUCUGGUUUGGGCAGUGCAUACACCUCCAUCCUGGCCUCAAUCUCGGAUGAGGAUAGAAAGCAUUUGAACGCCGAGGGGAAAGCAUUGAAGACUCUCCGAGCUCUUAACGACGAGCUUGGAACGGACUACAAGCCAUUUGAGUAUUUUGGCCAUGAAAACCCCGAGGUCGUCCUGGUUACAUUCGGCUCGGUCGAGUCUUCGCUAGCCGCACAGGCAGCAUCGGUCCUGGCCCAAACCGGUAGCAGAGUUGGAGCCAUCAAUGUUCGACUGUAUCGACCGUUUGCGGAGGAACAGUUCUUGAAGCUCAUUCCCAGAGGCGUGAGGACGGUCGGUGUCCUCGGUCAGGUCACCGACUCGCAGGCUGUGCAGGAGGCUGGCGUACAUUCCCGACUUUACGAGGAUGUGCUUGCGGCUGUCUCCUACGGAGUGGGACUCCAUGACCGUCCAGAAGUGCAAGAGCUGAAAUAUGCCCGGGCUGAACGAUGGACACCCGCGUCCAUCGCAUCGCUCUUCCAGAUGCUUCUAGGUAAGGCUGCGGACAACCAAGGUAUCACUACAUUCUUGGACAACUCUGUGCAACGUUACACUUUCUGGAAUAUCGACGACGCCGCAGCUGCAUCUGCAGCCAGCUACUUGGCAGAGGCGCUUGCUACUGAGUCGGCCCAGAACGUCACAGUGAACACCACCCACGACAACUCUAUCCAGGGAGGUAUUCACCGAGUCGAUAUCCGAAAAUCUCCCAGAAGCCUUGAUGCAGCAUAUCCCAUUACCUACGCCAACACUGCUGUGGUCACAGAUGUCAAGCUGCUCGAGCACAUCGACGUGGUCCAAUCUGUUCAACAAGGCGGCAGCAUUAUUCUCCUCUUGCCUGGUGUCAAGGACGAAGAUGUGGAGAAGAAACUCCCUGCAGCAUUCAAGAAAUUGAUUGCUGAAAAGGGAAUCAAUCUUUACCUGAUCAACGCUGCCAACACCGCUCUCCCCACCGAAAACCCCGAACUUGAAUCGCUGAUAGUCGAGGCCGCCUUUGUCCGGGUUGCAUUGCGAAACUCCGAGGAGACUGGUCUACAGAAGCUCGCAACUAUCCACAGUGAUCUCGAGACCCUUAAACAGGUGGCAGCUGACCUCGAGAAGACUCUACGCCAAGUUGAGGUCCCCAAGGAGUGGGCAGAGGUGGAGGAAGAGGAAAAAGCCGCAUUGCCCACCAACAUCUCUCCAAACAGCCUGACGUCCUUUGACAAGGCAGAGGAAGAGCCACCAUCCCUCCUCCGCAGUUGGCAAAAGGCAGCCAAAGGCCUCCUUUUCAAGGAAGCUUACAAUGCUUCGAACGUCCUCCGUCCUGACCUGCCUGUGAAGACUUUCACAGUCCACGUCAAAGAGAACCGUCGCCUGACUCCCUUGACCUACGACCGCAACAUCUUCCACAUCGAGUUCGACCUCGGCAGCUCCGGCCUCAAGUACGACAUUGGCGAGGCCCUUGGUAUUCACGCCGAGAAUGACCAUGACCAGGUCAUGGAGUUCAUCAAGUGGUACGGGCUCAACGCCGAGGACGUCGUGGAGGUUGCGUCGCGUGAUGAUCCGAGUAUCUUUGAGAAUCGCACGAUCUACCAAGCGCUGAUGCAAAAUGUGGACAUCUUCGGCCGUCCACCGAAGAAGUUCUACGAGGCGCUGGCAGAAUUUGCCGACGACGAGAAUGAGAAGAAGAACCUGUUGACAUUGGCCGGACCAGAGGGCUUCAAGGAGUUCCAGAGGAGGGCCGAAGUUGACACCGUCACGUUCGCAGAUGUCCUGCUCGAGUUCCCCUCUGCGCAUCCGUCGUUCCACGACAUCGCGCGGAUCGUCUCGCCGAUGAAGCGACGCGAAUACUCGAUCGCCUCCUGCCAGGCCGUCACUCCGACCUCGGUUGCCCUCAUGGUCGUCGUGGUGAACUGGGUCGACCCCAAGGGCCGCGACCGCUUCGGCCAAGCCACCAAGUACCUGUCGAGUCUCAAGGUCGGGGCCCCCGUGACCGUCAGCGUCAAGCCGUCCGUCAUGAAGCUGCCGCCCAAGUCGACCCAGCCGAUCAUCAUGGCGGGUCUGGGCACGGGUCUCGCGCCGUUCCGGGCCUUUGUGCAACACCGCGCGAUGGAGAAGGCGCAGGGCAAAGAAAUCGGUUCCGUCCUGCUGUACAUGGGCUCGCGCCACCAGCGCGAAGAGUACUGCUACGGCGAAGAGUGGGAAGCGUACCAGGCCGCGGGAGUCAUCACGCUGCUCGGCCGGGCUUUCAGCCGCGACCAGCCCCACAAGAUCUACAUCCAGGACCGCAUGCGCGAGACCCUCGACGACAUCGUCAAGGCCUACAUCAAGGAAGACGGCGCCUUUUACCUGUGCGGCCCGACAUGGCCCGUCCCCGACGUCACCAACGUGCUCGAGGAAGCCAUCGCCAAGGACGCAAAGGCGAGCGGAGUCGCCAAGAAGGUCGACACGACCCGCGAGAUCAUGAAGUUGAAGGACGAAGGGCGAUACGUGCUCGAGGUGUACUAA